AUGCUACUACCCGAAGGACUACACAUAGGUCGAAAUAUAUGGCACACUCAAUUUGAUGAGGCCCGAGUAGACGCCAUGGCUUUACCUCGGCUUCCACCUAUCUUCGGCAAGGUGAAUAAAGUAGAUGUGGCAUGGGAAAGCAUCCGGGACGGUAUUAUCCACCUUAUGGACACGUUUGCUCCAGUAACUCACAAGAGAACGCAGACACUGGAGCCACCAUGGUUUGAUCUCGAACUACGAGGAUUUCUUCGGCGCCGAAACCGCGCUUGGCGAGCUGUUCGGGCUACCGGUGUAGGUUAUGACCUUUUUUGGAGAAAGGGGAAUCAUUUCACGGAUAUGAAACGAGUCAAGCGCAGGACCUUCAAGGAGAAGCUGGUUGCAGACUCAUUGAAUACUCCCAAACUCCUAUUUGUCUACCUGAAGCGACACACGAGGGCUAGAGCUGGUAUUCUAUCGUUGAUCGAUGGAUUCAAAAUGGUUGAAAUCAAUGAGGGUAAAGCGGAAGAUCUGGUCAAACAGUUGAAAGCGUUCAAUGGAAUCGGAGAAUUAGUCGCCGAAUAUGUAAAGUUUGUGAACACCGAGUUUUGCGUUAAGACAGCUAUGCUAACAUAA